GAUGAAUGGAUGGAAUCAGAAAAGGAUAACUUUGUCACGGCUGUAAAAUUAGAAGAGGCAAGUAAACUCUGCAAGAAGGAAGAAAGUAAGCAGACAACUUUGGGUGAACAAAACAGAAAACAAGAACAAAAAGGAGGCUUCAGGAACUCCUUCCGGAAGUUAUUCAGGAAAAAGUCACAUCAAAGUUCCUGCAGUUUGGAGAACAAGCAGAAAUCUGAUGGUAAUCCUACAAAUGACGCUGCAAAGAUAGAAAUCCAAGAAUUCAAAGAGAGGGUUGCUCAUGUUAGCAACAUUGAUCGUGGUACUGCUGUUUAAUCUUACAUUUUUGAAAAACUCAACCAAGCAUA